GGUGGUUAGACAGUCUCGCGGUGGCGCCCGCGUCGUCGCCAUCGCCAGAAGCUGGAGCCCGUUGAUGAAAAGACGAAAAAGGAAAAAGAAAAAAAAAAAAAAAAAGGAAAACAAGACCGAAAGAUGGGUCGAACGUGCGAGGUGGCCUAGUUGCCGUGGAGGGACAGCAUCCUGGAGGGUGUCGCUCAGUAGGGACACCACUGCACCCUCUGUCUCCGAUGUUGGUAUUGUGUGCAAGAGCGUGGAUGAGCAACAAAUCACUUCGUCGAUAGCGCGAUUCUCUCAGCCGUGUGUGCGUUUGCGUGUGGGCGCGGAAGUGUGCAUUUUUCGGAGCAGAAGGUUGUUGUUGUGAUGUGUGACGUUGGGGGUUAUACGACACUGCAAAGGAGUGGGGAGCGGGGAUCUUGCAGUAAAAUUCAAUUCGUCGUCGUCGCUCGUGAGAGUUCGCGUAUCAAGGACAAUUACGUUAAUCAGCAUUAGAGUUCAUUUAUGAAGGUGCACGUACUUGACUCGACGGUGGUCGUUGGGGCACGCAGCGCCGAGGAAAGUAUAUAACCCUAAAACUCAUCCGUCGACAACGUGUGCUGUGCUCACGCGCUCUUCCUCUUACAAUAUAGUUUUUCCAAGACAAUAUUGAUGGAUUCAAUUCCGCUCAAGCUUUUACGGUUACGUGCUCUCCAAUUGAUUCUUAUGUAUCGUCGUAAUUUCGAAUGUUACCAGUCGAUUUAAUCCGAUCGAAGAAAGAUAGCUUUCGCCCUCGUCCGUAAAAAGCAAAUCACGACAAAUUUACUCACCAAUUAUUGCAAUCAAUCGUGUUCGUCACCAACCCAUCACUCUUAUCCCGACGCCACUGGAAACUGUAACAAGGCCGUCGCGUCGGUUAGUCGACUGUGUAUACCGCAGGUUUAAUCGGCAUAAUAACCGGCAGCGCGUCGAAUUGAUCGAGCGCGCUUUCUAUUACCGUCGCGCGACUACCACUGAAAAAAGCUCGGAUACACUUGCGACAAGUGUAUUUUCGUACAACCGAGUAAAGCUGUUUUGAUUGGGGCGAAUGAACUACCGCGGGAACUCUGUUCUCCUUCGUUUGUUAUAUUUUGUGUCCUGGAGUCGUGGUAAUGAGCGAGAUCAACUCGAUUCUGCGAGUGACGUUCAUCGAUGCUGCGCUUUAUCAGACGAAUUAUGGGCGACAUUAUUAAAUGAACACACGCACGCCCGAUCGGAGAUAUCACACGAAGCCUUCAGGGACACAGAGCGCCGAACUCUAAUUUUGCCGAAGCGACAGUCAAAUUUGACAUCCUCCGCCGUGGGAGGAUUUCGUCGGAGAUCGUCGAUCAACUCGAUCGCUGGUUGCAGGAUGUACAACAUGGCGUCGGCGAAGACGCCGGAGAUGAACUACACGUGCGAGAUAUGCGGCCGAGAGGGUUUCAACGACGAGGAGAUGCGCUCCCACAUGGCGCUCUACCACCUGAAAGGCGCGGCCAAUUGUCCGUUCUGCGACCUCGACGAGGUCUCACCCGCGGAGAUGCUGUUGCACGUCAAUAGCGCCCAUCUCGAUUACCUCACACCCAGCACGCCAGACGAGUCAGACAUGAUGGCUUUCAUCGACGACGACAGCAUCCAAGACCAUCAUCAUCAUUAUCACCAACAUCAUCGAGGAAAAUCAAGGUUGCAAGGCGAAUCGUCCAAAGGAUCGACUUACUUCCAACAAAACGGUUGGUCCACUCCACCUUGUUCCUCAACGAUGAAGGAUGAGGCUGCAGCAUCUGCUAGUGGCUCGUUGGUUAAUAAUAACAAUAACAACAACAAUGCUAGUCAUGUAAAUAAUGUUCCAGAAAGCACAGCAGGUCAUGGUUCUCCAUUACGCUCCAGCCUGAAUCUGCAACUGCGCACUCAUGCAACUCCCAAGCUUCCAGUACAAGAAUGUCCAAUGUGCCCUUAUAGUUCAGACAGUCCUUCAAAACUGGAAGAACAUAUCAACCGCCAACAUUUUGAUCUAACAUCACCAUCAAUACCCCCAGGCUCUCCUCCAACCAGAGAUAGUACUUUCAAUUGCCCGUUCUGUGUCACCUCGUUUCCUAAUUCAUCUGAUUUAGAACUACAUGUGAACAUAGAACACAAAGAUAUAUUAAGUCCAGCUAAAGCAGCAGUAUCUCCUUAUUCUGACAUAGCAACUAGCGGUGGAGAGACUCCCUCAUGUCCAGUUUGCCUGAGUACUUUGUUUAAAAACAAUGAAGAGCUCACUGCACACAUAGAAGAGCAUUUCAGCAAAAAGAGCACGCCCUCGCCAAUAACUCCCGACGCAUCAACCGACAGACUUCUUGCGCGCGAUAUGGAAAGGCGAGAGAAAGAAGUGAGAAAGCUGAGAGAACAAAGAGAAUUUGCUAUGCUUCAGGCGCAAUAUGGCAUGGACAAUCAGGGUAAUUUUAGAGAACAAAGCGUCACCAAUAUGCAGCGGGCUGUGUAUGCUGGCGAAAUGUCUGUAGCGGAUUACUACGAAAAGCAAAUCGAGUUGAGAGCUGCAGAGAGUAGUGGUAUUGACGACGGUAGUUCUUGUACGAGAGUCAAAAAAUUUUCAGGGCUGGUCCCUAAAGUACGAGCAGUUAGUCAAGGCAGCAGUAAUGUAUUGAAUACCUGGAUGUGUUCAACAGUAGACCAUUAUGCAGUGACUUAUGGUGAUAAAGGUUGGGGUUGUGGAUAUAGAAAUAUGCAAAUGAUGCUGUCGUCGCUUCUCCAACAUACAGGAUACAAUGAGUUAAUCUACAGAGCCUGGAGCUCUGGAGUAGGUAAUAAUAGUCAAAGUGAAAAUCCUCAACGAAGUUCAAUGCCUUCAAUAUCUAGACUUCAGAAGAUGAUUGAGUGGGCCUGGGCACAAGGUUUUGAUAUUCAAGGUGCUGAACAGCUCGGAGCCAAAUUAGUUAAUACUAGAAAAUGGAUUGGUGCUACUGAGGUUGUAACGCUUUUAUCAAGUUUAAGAAUUAGAUGCCAGCUUGUGGAUUUUCACAGACCUACGAGUUCUGAUGGCAGUCAUCCAGAGAUGUUUAAGUGGGUAUUACGAUAUUUUCAACGAGAUGAUGAUUUUAAACCACCCCUUUAUCUCCAGCAUCAAGGUCACAGUCGAACUAUAAUGGGAGUGGAACAACUGAGGGAUGGCUCAAUAAUAAUGUUAGUACUAGAUCCAAGUCACAGUCCAGCUCAAAUGGCACAAUUCAAUAAUACCAGUACUGCAUCAAGUGCAAUGAGACUUGUCAGAAUAUCUACUGCUGCAAUGAAAGCUAGACAAUAUCAGAUAGUUGCAGUAUUAGGUACUAUUGAUACAGAAAUACAAUAUCAGCAAAGUAAGAUGCUAGAAUCCCUAAGGAUCCCUCUAGAUAGGUGAGAUUUAUUAACGGAAACGACAGAUUUUACCUGGAGAGAGAACUAUUUUCAACUUAUUUCUAUUCCUCCCAUAGUACUCAAAGUUAUAUGAAUAUAAAAUAAUUUUAGUUAAAACAAAGAAGCCUUGCGCUACAAUAGCGUUAAUAAAUGUUAUUCUUACAUUGCAAACCAUCUUAUUAAUAUAAAGAUUUAAAAAAACAUUGACAUUGGAGGGUAACUCAAUACGUGAAAGUUAAUCUGCGACACCAAUGUUAUAAUCGUAAGUUCUUAAAGUUAAGGCGACGAAUUUAUCGAAUUUAAUUCUUAAGCUCGUGAUAUAUGUGAAUUACAGAGGGACUCAAAAAGAAAAGGGAAAGCUCAAGACUAAAAUAAAAGAUGUAAAAUAUAUUGUGUAACUUGAGCUUGAAUAUAUAAUUUUGUUCAUCAAUAGUCCCUCUAAAAUUCUAAAGCUUUUGAGUAUUUGUCACUUAAAACGACUGUGCUCUCAAGGCCAUCAUUUUAAUCCAAAUAAUUAUGCUGGAGUUUUCAUCGAAUGUACCAAUCAACAAAUCCAUUUGUCAACUCUUUAACUAAAUCUCUGCAUUAGGAUUGGAAAUGUGAAUAAAAAUUAUGCAAUUGUGAAUAUGCAAUCAGUUUUUACAAAAUGAAAAUGAAUAAGAUGUCACAAAAAGCAUCUAGUCAACUAGUCAAUUUUUCGUCAAUUUAGUGAUUCGAUAGGAAUAAGUAUAGCUUAUACAUAUGCAUUUUACUUCUUUAAAUGUUUUUAUUGAUUUUAUAAGAGUAGUGCCUCAUAUUUCCACACCUAAUGCAAAUAGAUAUGCCUGCACUACUUCAUUAAAUCUUAAAUACCACUGGAAGAUAUAUAAAUAUAUAAAGUACAACUACUUUCAUACUAUUAAAAACAAAUAAACAUAUUUACUUACUGAAUUGACUUAAGGCUAAAAAGCCUAGCACGUAAGUACUAAUAAAACUGAAAAAAAAGUCCAUUUAUUUAUUGUUUCAUUGAUUUUCUUAUAAACUCUAUGAGAAAAUAAGAUGAACUAAUUAUACAAUAUUCCUAUGUUCAUUACAAUAGCAAAGUAUUCUUGUAACAAAACUAAAUAACAGUGAGUAGUAAUAAAGGUAAUAUUAUAACAAAAAUCGUGUUAAGUUUAAUGCUUUGGAAUAUAUGAUGCACAGCUGUAAACAAAGGAAUUGUUGCUGCAUAUUUCAGGAGAAGCGUUUUGUUAUCUAAUGACAAAUUUUUGAAUUGUACUAAGCGCUA